CUGUGCUAGGUACACCUGCCACCGAGUCUUCGGAUCAUUCAUCCAUUCACCACCGGCUUCUGUCCACCAUGGGCCAAUACUGGAUGUUCCUCAACCUCGACAGGCACGAGCAAGUUGGUGGCCUUGGGAAGCUUGGCGAGUUCUUUGGUGAUGGCAGUACGAAUAGAAGUAUAGCAACGCGGUUGUGCCGACUUCGACCUCUUCCAAAGAUACCGAGAAUUCAGCCGAGUGAAGUAGAGAGUACGAACAUCGAGUUCCCUAAACGCGGCUUGCUCGCGCUGCCCAACGAGAUCCUUCUCCACAUCGCGGACGUCGUUAGAUCCUCCACGGAUCUCGUCUGUUUUGCAGCCACAUGUCACCGAUUCUGGUAUCUUUGCUCCCCCGCCAUCGAGACUGCUAUGAAGACGGUAUCCUGGGCGGGCUGCCGCAUCAUUGGCCUCGGAGACUAUAUGCAAAACGACGAUCUCCCAGCUGGCAUGCUCACCGACGCUGAGCAAGCUGCCCUAGGCGGUCUGAAGCCGGAUGAAGAUGGGGAGCGCCCCUCACUCUACAACCAUGCGCGAGAGAACUACCCAGACGCAAUUGUCUCUUCGUCGUUCUCUAGGGUCAGGAACGCGUACUUGAGACCCCUCGAGAAGCGAGGUAUCAAAGGCGCACCGAUGGCGGCUAUUGAGAGAAUGUGCACGCCCGUCGAGCCGACGGUCCUUCGGAAUCUCUCCAAGAAGCUCUACGUGAGUGCUGCUGCCAUCGAUGCGCUCAACAAGGAGAUUUCACAGAAGUUUGAUGGAGAGUGGGCGUACACCCUUGGCGAUGCCCUCGUCGGUCGUAUCUGCUGGUCGUCUGAUCCCUCGUGCUCGAUGCCGGAAAACUGUGAUGAUAUUACUCGCGGACCAUGGGCUGGCGACGCCUUUGACAUGACUUCCAUGGAGAUAUUUCAAAAGGAGGCGGACUUUUCGCAGUGGGUAGAUGCGAAAGACGAGGUGUGCGAGGCGCUGCUGCGAUACUUGGAUGGCUGCUAGGGUACGAUGUAUGGGCUGCGUGACACACUAACGAGUAGUCGAAAACGCGAUGUAUGUUGGUCUGGGGUCGAACUCUGUUGCGAACGAAGUGUAGAUCUAUUGAUUAGGAUGAAAGUGGAAGAGAAGAAAACACGUGGAAAACAGAGUGUCGGAAAUGG